AUGUUUGCCACAACAACUAACAUGGAAAAAAGAAAAAAAGCUCUACAAAAGUACUUACAGGUCAUUCUGGAUAACCCCAACUAUCGAAAUCACAAAGAGACCUUGCAUUUUUUGGAAGUUAGUCAUCUUUCCUUUCAGUACGAACUGGGAGAGAAGAGAACGUGAGUAAAUUUUUUUUCUUCUUCAGGGCAUUUAUUUCAUUGGGCAUUUGUAGGCAAUGAUUUUUUUUUCAUUCUGUAGCUACACAUACAUUUUAUUUUAAAUUUUUGACAUCAAGCCCAGUUUACAAGUAUGAGCAAGCAGAAGGAUGACACACAGAUUUUUACACACACACAUAAUAUAAGCAGAAGCUUAUGCAUGAUGCUUAAGCUUGUGUCUCCUUUUACUGUUCCUAUUUUUGGUGUCUAGAGGCUAGGCCAAGUAAACUAAUGUUAUCUUGUUGGCCCCUUGUUUAUAUAACAGGGGCUCCCAACGGCAAUUUUUUGGAAAAUAUCUGUUCGGAAGACGAUUUGAGAUCUAGAAUUUUCGGAACAUUUGUUGUAAAAUUUCUUGCUUGCCUGCCUCUCCUAGGAUUUUCGAACAUCUACAAAAUGGUAUAAUUACCCAUUUUUAACGGAUUUUGACCCUAAAAAAGGCCACCUAGAAUUUUCGGGAGCCUUUUCCUGGCUGAAAUUUUCGAGAAGGUAAGUUUUUAUCCCUAUAAUUUUCGGAUUACUAGACUUUCAGCUAGGAAAUCCGCACAGAUGAAAAGCUUUUAGGGGAUAAAAAUAUGCCUAUAUCUACCGUUUUAAAUACUAAAAUACGUUCAACAAUGCUAUGUUAAGUGGCUUUGAACUAUAUCCCCGUUGGGUACCCCUGAUAUAAACAUUUACAUACACAAUAACUAUUAAAAGAGGAAAAGGAAGAAAAUUAGAAGCAAAUCCUUAUAGAAGACCAAUAUGGGAGUAACUCAAGCUGAUAAUGUUUCGCCCAACUAAAGAUAGCCAAAUAAGAGCUUAGAAAUAGAUGUUGCAAUAAAGAAAUUUCCUUCUCUUCUUUCCUUCUUGUUUUCUACCUUUGCUUUCUUUAUUUCCAGCCCAAAGUGAAUAUGUGGGCAUGUUCCAUCCUGAAUGACACCCUGCCUGUGUGAUACUAAAAUCUGCAACUUACACCCCCAAAUGAGAUCAUGCUCAACCCUUUCAUGUGGGAGUUUACUUCCCCUGGGUCUAGUUUGCACGCAAUACAAUAGCUUUUCUCUGUCGCUGUCGCAAUUUGAACCCAUCUUUGUCUCGUUUGUCGCCAUUUCUGCUGUCCUGUCGCUGUUUCAAGGUCGUGUAGCUUGUCAGAAUUUUGCCUCAACAAGGCCUCGUUACUGUCAGUAUUCUUUUGCAUUUUUCUUUUGCUCAAUAUCCUAAUUUUAUUUUAUUGUACUGUACUUUUCAGGGAAGGUGUUUUGAGAAAGCGAGCAGGGGGGCAGAAGUUCCCAGCGGGCUGCUGCAGUUGCUGUGCUGGAUUGUCAUGGGGAAUAUGGGACAAGAGGUAAUAAAAAGUAAAUCAAAUUCUUUUUUGAUGUUGUGCUAGUCAUUUUUUUUUACCAUAGUUUGAGUAUUUAAACUUAUUUCCUCUCCCAUGCUUCGUUCUUAGACGGUGCCCCGCCUUAUUGAUCAACUUUAUCGCUCCCCCCAUUCUUCCUUUACUUUCAAAAACAAACUUUACGCUCAGGAAAUACUGAGACUGAGUUGCUCACCUGAAAAACUGCACUGUUGCUGGUGCGCAUUUUUUUUUUUUUAUAGUGUGCCGUCCACAUUGACAUUUUUUAUUCAAACUGGGUCAUUGAGUCUUUUUGCCUCACAAUUGAGCUUAAUGUGUAUCUCUGCACAACACUGUCCUUCCACUGUUGUCCAGUUGUGUUUUUAAAUAAUACUGUCGCACACGUGUUUCCUAGUGGCAUAUGGAACAUCCCUGAAGAUUUUACUGCACUGUUAUGCAUAUUUAGAACGUGAGAUCCUUGAUAUACAGACAUUUGAUUAUGCCCUUUUUUUUUUUUUGUAGAUGGCUUGUGGUUAAAGACAGUUUUAUUGCAUAUGUAAGGUAGGAACCACAAAGAAUAUAAACGUGUGGUAUAUAUAAAUCAAUAAAAUUUUUGAUAGAUUGAUUAACGGACGGACGGACUGACGACCCGGAAGGGCAGACCCACCGUCCGACUAAAAGGGCGGACGGACCGGACCGAUGGAAGGGCAGACUGGGCCGACAGAUAGACAGACCGACCGUAUGGACAGAUGGACGGACCAGACCGACCAACUGGACAGAUGAAGGAGGGACGCACCGACUGACCAAUAGGUCGGACGGACGGAUGGACAGGACCAGGCCGUUCGACCGAAGGAAAGACGGGAGGGCGGACGGACAGUAAUUCCGUCAUAUUUUUCGAAAACGUGAUGCUUAAAAACUUUGGUAAACUUCUUUGCUGCUAGCCCAGAUGACUUUUACACGUAUGACCAAUGUAGUUAAGCGCACUCUUGCUUUCGUCAAUGUGGUAAAAUAGUUACUGUUCAACUGGGAAGCAUGCUCAGUUUACGUAGCGAUUUACGUAGCGAUUUGUUCAGUUUACGUAGCGAUUUUCUGUCUUUAAACUGAAUAUAGCCCCAAGGAUAAAGAAGUGAGGGGUGUAGUUUUAAUGGACAAGGAGUUCUCCUUCAAGCAUGGAAGGAAGCAGACAGGUGUCAGUCAUGGUUUGCUUGUGCAUAACCAGAGCAGGUGAAUAACUAACCGGGGUGUUUUGUAGAAACUAAGGUUAAUAUGUAACUUUGCCAAAUCAUCAUACAGGAGCAAUCUGAAAGGAAAAGUAGUUUUGUUAGCUCAGAAAUAAAUUUUUGAGGGAAAAGCCUCGAAACGUCAUUCUGUCAAGAAGAGGUUACAUUUUGCGGUGCGUUCAUUCAGACAUGCAGAUCUCCCGCGAGUCAAAACGGACAAGAACAUCAAAAUCCAACUUUGUUUGUUAUUACCACAUUUUCACAUCAUCUGUAAACUGUAGCUAAAAAGUCAUAUGGCAAAGUAGGGCCAUUCGUUAAAUUGGAGUUUCUUGAAUGAAAUUGGAGACCAUUAAGUGGAUUAAUGACUUUGGCGGACAAAAGUGUUUUAUUAGCUUCUAUUCAACUAACAUGAAUAAUGAAAUAAUACCUUGUUUUUUCUGCGAAAAUAGUUAAAUAAAUUUAUGUUGAUUUUAGUUUUUAAUUUUUAUUGUUAAUUGUAGUUUACCCCUCAAAAAAAAAUUUUUCCUCUGUAGGGAACUUCUGUUGAAGUGCUGGACAGAGCGGAAAGCAAGGUACAAUAUAUAGUCAACACGCAAGAAAUUGCGCCUAACUCGGACUUCUUUAUUGGUGUCGAUUAACUGAUCUCUUCCGUGUGGGCAAAAAUUGCCAAACUGGAAAACUUCGUAGAUUCCAAGGCCGCCUUUUAUUCAAACAAACUUUCCUGGUCUUUCGAAACGACAGCUGAUGAAAUGGAAAUUUUCUGGGUAAUUUUUCCCCUAGAAUCUUUCGGCAAUUGAUAGGGACAUCAGCAUAUUCAUGAGGGAACGUUUACUAAAAGUAAAAAUAUUGCCCCUGAUUUCCGAGAAUUCAANAAAUCUCUAAAAUUAGGAAAAAAAUAUUUUUAGGGGGUAUUUUUUGAAAAUAUGUGAUUUUUUUUGUAGAGUUUUUUUUUUUUUCAAAAAUAUAAAAUAUACGCGAAAAAUUUUUUUCCCCCCCGGCGGGUGGAGUAUUUAAAUUUUUUGUGGGGGGGGGGGGGGGGGGGGGGAUCUUACUACCAGUUGAAUGCUACAGCUCUAAAGCUAGAGUUUACAAAACUUUUGUGAGUAACCUCUUUGAGACAUGGUUAUUAUAACCGUAUUUCAAGUAGACCGAUAAAGGUGUAAAUUUUGACCGACAGUGAAUGGAUGAAAGCGAUUGUUCACGUGAUGGCGACAGCUGGUGCAGAUUGGAUAAAAGAACAUCCUCACGAUUCAUUUGCCCCGGUCAGGGAUAACUCCUGUGCUCAGUGGUGAGUUUACUGCGGAUAUCCUACUGCAAGUGCGUCCUAAUGACUGAUAUCAGUACCGGUACUGCUCUUGAUAACGACGAGGAACAAGACCGCACGUGAAAACGACUGAUUUCAUAACUGCAUGUGCUAACGACUGAUAUGAUAACUGCACGUGAUAACGACUGAUAUGAUAACUGCACGUGAUAACGACUGAUAUGAUAACUGCACGUGAUAACGACUGAUAUCAUAACUACACGUGAUAACGGCUGAUAUCAUAACUGCACGUGGUAAACCGGCACCAACCUACGGGCCAUUGUCGAGUUGCCUCAAGCCUCAUUUUCAAAAUGAGGUUUAACUGAAAGCCAUUCAUAUGAAAAUGUUUUUCAAUUCUCAUGUGAAUAAAACUCAUUUCACAAGAAAAAUUUUGCACUUGGCGUCGAUUUGAAAGCAAGAGUUUUUGGAACUCGGAAUUGGCCUACAAACAAAAGAAGUCACUUCUUAUUAAGAGGAAGAGAGAGAGAGAGCUUUCUUUACAUCAUAAAUGGACAAUGUUUACAAAUAAUAUAUUUCGGGGAUCGAUUUUGUCGUGUGCAUAAAAUCAUCUUCUAUCAACCAGUAGACCCCGAGAAACCUUGCUGUCGUGGUAUUUGUUGGAACAACUGCUUCAUUUAUCGCUAGAAUUUAAUCUUCGGGAACUGUUGGGUAGGAAGACGCCAUUUUGAAUUCCGUCCCAAAACAGUGAAAAGGCAAGGAUAUUCCGAGCUACGCGGGCUAACCAAAAUGCACGAAAAUUUUUAUCCGAUGCUUUGGUAAAUUACUUAAAAUGAUACCUGUAUUUAUGUGACCACAUUGGAAACAGUUUUGCAGAUAUAUAAUAACCAAAACUGAUUCAUCGGCAGGUUUGUAGAUGGAGAGUCAUAUUUCGAUAGUGUAGCUGAUGCUUUGGAAUCUGCAGAGGAAGAGAUCUUCUUAACUGGCUGGUGGUAAGUGAUGAUAAGUAUUGAAUACCGUGAAUCCUCAAUUAAAUCCCCCGGGGGGCUUAUAUAUUUCAAACACAUUUAAGGGGGAGGGGGACUAAAAAGAGACGGUGGGUGCAUUUGAGACUGGGGCUUAUUUAAUUUAGCAAAGACGAUUGUAUCAGUUCUCCAUGAAGAACUAGAAUACAAAGUGGAAAAGCUCAAGUACAAGAAGUUGGAGGUCCUGCAGCCGAGGAUCUAAAACAAAUCUGAACUUCCAGUUGGUGAAUAAAUCAUCGCGGAUUAGUCCACAUGAAGUUUUAAAAGAGAAGGGGGGCUUAUUAACUUUUUUCCCCGAAAAAGAGGGGGGCUUAUUUGACAGGGGAGGCUAAUAGAGGAUUUACUACACGCAAAGUUCGUUGAGGAGGUUAAGUAUGCUGGAGAGUGCGUCGUUCAUAGGGGAGAAGUACUCAUCUCUAAAUACUCAAAGACAGGACACCCGUAAUGCACUCCGAAAUACAGGGAGUCAAAGAAAAGGAGACGGUCAAAAUGUGUUUCAUCUUCACUUCAUACAAAUGUGGUGAUUUUCAUAUAUGUUUUCUAUCUUACAUUUAGCAGAAGGUUCUUGGUAGUGAAGGCAAGGUGGAGAGCUAUCUCUUGUCACCUCGGUAUUGCCACCGUCGCUCUCUCAUGAAAAAAGGAAUGUCUGCCAUCAUUACAAUUAUAAUCGUUAUACUCACCUCACAAAUCGUAUUUUUCAAAAACGCGUAAAUAUUGUCCUUGUGUUUGUCAGGUCUCAGCUUCUGUGGUCCUUUAUUUCAUUGGCGUCCACUAAAAGGGAAGAAGGAGCUGUACAGUAUCAGCUAGUAUCUUGACCUUGCGCUUGGUCACAAGUUAGUCAAUAGUUGUUCUUGUUUAUAAUGUUGAUGGUUUUUUUUCAGGAUCAGCCCAGAGGUUUAUCUUCGGCGACCAGUCACUGCUGGCCAUGAGUGGAGACUGGACAACAUUCUAGAGAGAAAAGCGGUACAGAAGAAUCCCGUCUCAGUACCGCUAACCUCCCACGCAGACGUUCUUUUGGCCCGUCACGCGAUCCUCCCAUCGAAAGGAAUGCGUGACGAAUCCCUAAGAACGUUCGCGUGGGAGGCGAUGGUACCACCCGUUUAACGUAAACAUCUCGUAAAUACAUUUGCCACGUUCGAGAAAUGAUGGUUUUCAGGGAGUGAAACUAUCAGCGCCUUAGAGGAAAAAGUAACCCGAGUUCUUCUAACAGGAGUCGAACUUAUGACUCUCUGGUUGCGAGACCAGGGGCCCGUUUCUCGAAAGUCCCGAUAAUUAACGGGACCGGUAAGCUGUUGCCGUUUACAUUAAAGAUCGAGGUUUCAAUAGUUUUGCAUCUAACGUGAUAAAACUGUCAGUUAAUGAAACAAAAUGGAAUUGUUUGCUAGCCAGGACCCGCGCUCUUAUUCUUUUUAUUUCGAUUUGAAUAUUUGAUUUCGGGCCCGAAAAGUUACCGGGACUUUUAAGCAACGGGCCCCUGAUGCUCUACCAAUGAGCUACAGGAGACUAGUGGGUCUUAAGGCCAUUUAACUAACACAUUCGUUUUUCUUAGAGGUAAAUCAAACAAACAAACAAGCAAACAAAAAAAACACACACUAAACCUUGUUAGUACUAUACGAUCAUGGAUAAAUCUUUAACUGCCAAGAUCUGAUUGGUAGGUCUCCUUUCUGUCUGCUGUACAUGUCCUUGUACAUAAGUUAAGAAAAUUUGGAGUUAUAUAGCUGAUACAUCUGUCUAUUCUCAUCACCUAUCUGCUCGAUAAUGUAUUGAUAUUAUAAGGGGAAGUUACAUUACAAUCACUUCUGGGAAUUAAUGAGUUAAUGGUAUUCCACUAUACUUACCUCAUGAUUGCUUUUUUGAUAAACAGCCGACAUUUCGCGACGCCAUAACUGGUUUUCCCGCGAAAUGACGUCUGAGAAACGAGUGCAGAAAUUCCGUAGUGAUGACGCGUCACUACCCAGAUCUGGGUUUUGCCUCUGAUUGGUCGUGCCGCGCUUCAACCAAUCAGAUGCACUACCCAAAUAUCUGGGUACUGACGCUUCAUCAGUGGGGAAUUUCUGCGCUCGUUUCUCAGACGUCAUUUUCGCGGGGAAGCCAGUGGUGGCGUCGUGAAAUGUCGACUGUUUUCUCAGCCAAAACUUCAUUCGUAAGGUGUUGGCGUUGAUUGCAGUUCAGGGUUGGUCAUGCCCUGCAUCCUGUUAGGGAAACAGUGAAUACGUAUUUGCAGUUUUUCGUCCACCUUGGAGCGCGAGAAUGGAUUAAAAAUUGACAACCCUUUGCGCCUUCAUUAAUUUGUCUUGUAUUUCUCUUUUACCAGAAAGAUGGAGUGAAAAUCUAUAUUUUGAUCUACAAAGAGGUAGAGUUCGCUCUGACUAUCAACAGCGCUUACACCAAAUCAAAACUGAUGAGUCUACACCCGAAUAUCAAGGUACAAAAACCAAAUGUCACAUUGGGUAUAAACAUGUGGUGGUAGUAGGUUGAUAAAAAUGACCAGCAAGGUUAUUGUAAGCCCCUCCCCUCCAUUUCUUUCCCUAUCAUUUUUCGCUUAACGGCAGGCGCUUUUCGUGGCUGUCUCAUCGUUAUUGAUAUGUGGCUACUGGUAUAAUGUAUUCAUGAUUAGUGUUAAUUUCAGAGUGGCAGAUCGCAGGCUAUCAACCUCAUAACUAUUUUUUUUCUCUGUCAUUGAUCUAUGUUCAAUAGGAGAUAGCCUUCCAAGGUUUAGAACAUAAGAUAUUACGUAAUUCCUCUCAUUGAACCCAAAUUUCCUUCCCCUGGUGGUCUCCCCAAAGUGUAGACCUAAUACUCAUUGCUUACAUAUGAUUUAUUAUUACAUGACUGUAUAUGGCUACAAUAGUACGCGCUCUCUGAUUGGCUGUUUUCUUGUAAUGACCGGGAAGUACUAGCUAGGUGUCCAAGGCAUGUACAAUCUGUGUUUAACUUGAUAGUGGACAUCCUUAUAAACAUCCAUGUUAUGGUCAAUUGACACCUGUCAAAAAAGGUAUCCGCUGACCAGUGUCACCUGACUUCAUCGGGGCUCAAGUGUACAACUCAUUCCCUGUAAUGACCUCACUCUCGGUUAAUAAGUAGUUUGUAUUGCUUCACAUACAGUGCACACGCUCACUUUUGGGAAGUUAUUAUUUGUACCUAUUGUAAGGAAGUAGUCAAUCUUACGGAAUAAUGACAGUGGUUACCUUCUGUUUAUUAACUCGCCCUGGCUUCAGGUUUUGCGGCAUCCAGACCAUAUAGCAGGGCAACGCGUGGUUUAUUGGGCUCACCAUGAAAAGUUGGUGGUCGUCGAUCAGAAGGUGGCUUUUCUUGGAGGUAAAUUCUUAAAUACCCUAAAUAAGCUAUCUCAGUAAUCGGCUCCUGCUAUCCCUUAUAAAGAUCCCUGGCACGAAUUAAGCGAAGGAAUAGAUAAAAUGAACGAAUCCUUGCAGGAUUCAGAUGAGAUCACUUUUUCCAAAUACCGUAAAUGCACCCCUAUAACCAAAACGUUUUUUGCAAUAAUUUGUUUUGGGAAGGGACAACUGGAAUCUAGAAGAGAAACCCUGGUAUCGUAGUCGGUCCUCAUUUCAAGAAUUUUUGGCAAAGGUGUUCAGAUGUUAUGUUGUUGUACACCUUGAAACAUGUUACGCUUUCAGUUUAUUCAUUUGUCCGAAAAAAAAAUACAGUCAUUCAAAACAUUGGAAAAAUAAUAGUUGAAGGUUAAAAUUGACCUAAAUUACAAAAGUGAAACAGUUAGAAGUAUUUUUCUGGCGAGGAAGCUCAAAUUGAAACCGUAAGGGCUUUUUACAUGAACUCCCUCCCUAACCUAAUACUAUAAAUCUAAUAAAUAAGCAGCGAGAAAUCAUGUUUAUAAGUUAGGAUAAAAAGCAAGCAAAACAAAACACACUAAAUGUACAAAAAGAAGCAAAAAAACAAAUAAUAUUUAUAAGUGGAGAAUCAGCUGAGGAGAAAUGCUUUCAAUCUAGAUUUAAAAGGAGAGAUAGUGGCAAUAGGUUUGCAAAGUGUUACCUCGUGUUUUUUUUCUUAUUUUUUUGUUUUUCUCUUUUUUGUCGUUUAUUUGUUUGUUAACUUUAUUCAGGCUGAUAUUGGUUCGUUUUAGGUCUUGAUCUUUGUUUUGGGCGCUGGGAUAACUGUUCGCACCGUCUGACAGAUUUUGGAUCAGCACUACUGCCUCCGCCUGUAAGCAAAACGGUAAGUAGAGCCCGGGGGGGGGGGGGGGGGGGCCUUUUUGUUUUGUAGUCGUGUUGUUUGUUUGGAUGUGUUGUUUGUUUUGUGGGGGCGGCGGGGUGGCGGCAGGGCGGAGGGAACGGUGUGUGCGGCGGCACCCCGCGCGCAGGCAGGGGAGAAAGAAGGGGAAGGGGGGGGGGGGGGGGGGGGGGGGGGUGUCCCAUUAAAAUAGAAAAUCAGCCUUAAACAUCCACAACACAGGUGUAAACGCAUGAACGAAAAGAGGUAGAAUAUGUAAAAAGGGAAAAAUGGAAAUAUUUACACAAGGAAAACUCGGAAAAAACGAGCAUUAUAUCUACGAUGAGCUGAACAACAAUGGGAUUUGUCUUAGUUCACCCUGUUGGAAUUAAACUUUCGAAAACUUGAAAACCUCUGCUUGGAUAUAUCUUGUUACUUAUGCUGAUAUUUAUCGCACGUGAAGGCAUCUUUAUGCUUUGCUCGUGAACAUACAAUGUAUGGAUACUUACUUCAAUCUCACAGUCGACAUGUAAAGCGGUGCGUAUACAGCUAUUUCGAGAAAGGUUGUCGUAAAAGGUGCACGUGACAAGCCCGAAAGGUAUUGUGGAUGGUUUUGAGUUCACUGUUCUUCAAAGAAAUUUGGAGGAAUGUUAAGACAAGUCAUAGACGUAUGCUUGUGCGUGAUAAAGGCAGCAACAAAAGUAGGCUCGACAGCUAUAUUGUCAGGAACCGGGUAUUGAUCAUAUCCCAUAUUACCUUUCGGGAUUGUCGCGUGCACAUUUUGUCCGACAACCUUCUCGAAAUAGCUUUAUAUAAAGUAGUAUUAACGCAGCUCUUGUUCACAUUUGUACGAAAUCUUCUUAUAUUUCCAAACAGGAAGAGCAAAUUAGGAAAAUCGGCGCCUUGAUUGUAGAAGGAACAGUGGAGGGAAUGAAGUUACCGUUUCGUCCCGAAGUAGUAGACGGGGCUAGGUUACAGAUGGAACCCGGGACUACCGGAGGAAGCAAAAUAUGGCUGGGAAAAGAUUACUCUAAUCCGGUCAAUAGGGAUUUUUUUGAAGUGAACAAACCGUUUGAAGGUAACGAGCGAUAUACAGUCUAUGCUAUUCUCAUAGCAUAGCCACCCCGGAAAGCUUCACUGUGCUUUUUUCACCAGUAUUAUCUAAAUUGAAGGAGGUUAAGCCGUCCCGGUCUAACAUUUGAGGAUAAGUUGUUUCCACCGCAACGACAUUCUCGCAAAAAACUUGUAGUAGAAUCACGACGACUAUCACGUUUUCCCACCAAAAUGACGCUGGUUCGUGCGCGAGCACUACUCAGUAUUGAGGAAAUCUCGUACUCGUAGUCGUCCUUGUCUUGGAAUCUAAAACUCUCUAAUAACCUCCGAAAUCUGCGCUAGUCUUAAUAACAUACGAAAGCCAAAUCCUAUAACUGUUUUAUUGUUCAUUCAAAAUAUUUUCAACCUAAAAACAUUCUUACCUCGACCUAAUUUAAAGUUUCCGUCUUCAUUCGUCGGCUUUGAAGCAACACUGCAAAACGUUGAACGUACAGUUGUGUCACUUUAUAAUCGCUGUUUCGCACUCUCCUUACAUGAUUUUUUUCCCCCAACUUUUCAGUUUUAAGUUGUACUUGUUAUGCUAAUAUACUGAAAGAAAAAGAGUAAAACAGUGAAGGUGCGUGGGGUUCUUAAUCCAGAGGAGGCUAAGAUUGUAAGUUUACAAGGAAGAAACUAACUUCACUUGAGGCAAAAAUGAGACUUUUCAAAGAGAACGGGAACAAAAACGUAUCCCUGUUGGACUCACCGCGCCCUCUUAUUUUCAUAGGUCAUGUUACUAAGUAUUAUGUAGUUCUUAAGAACUCGUUGAAAGGUAUCUGUGCGUUCCAGAUUGAAUUGGAAUUUGAAAAUGUUGGUUUUCAAGGAGAGGGGAAAACCGGAGUACACGGAGAAAAACCUCUCGGAGCAAGGAAGAGAGCCAACAACAAACUCAACCCACAUAUGGCGUCGACGCCAGGAUUCGAACACGGGUCACACUGGUGGGAGGCGAGUGCUCUCACCACUGCACAACCCUUGGUCCCCCAAGGUCACACAUUUCGCUGUGCACACCCCGAUCUCUGAGUCGGGAGCUUUCUUGCAAUCAAAACACUAAGGGGCCUCCCACUUGUUUGUGUUGAAAUUUAUAUUUUAGUGCCAUUGGUCACUCUCUUUUGUUAUAGAUUCUGUAGACAGGGGUGCUGUUCCUCGCAUGCCGUGGCAUGAUGUUGGAAUGCGAACAUUUGGUGCGUCAGCCAGGGACGUGGCCAGACAUUUCAUCCUCAGAUGGAAUGCCACUAAGGUAGUUCAGUGCUUUUGGAAACUAAAACUUUAAAAGUCCUGUGUAAAAAUUGGAGACGACUUAAAUUGACAAGCUUAAGAUUGAGAGCGCCACUGGUGGAGCUGAAUGCUUGGACGAGCCUAUCUAGUAUCCGUCUGAUCAAAACGUUCUGCUAUUCUUAGCUUAUAGCCUCCUAAGAUACAGUUAAACCUGUGUUAAGUGUGCAUUUGCGCAACCCAUCCAUGUGUCCGCUUAUUGAUAGAGUUGUCGGCUAAAUGCAAGUUUGUUUUACAGAAAGUUUGAGAGGAAAAGUAUUGAACUUAAUUGUUGGCUUCGCACUAGAGCUUUCAAGAAUGAUCUAAGUGUACUUGGAACCCACUUUGAGUAUGAAGGGGUAAAAUGUACCUACUUUAACUUUACUUGGUCGCCAUGGAAACGUUCGUAAUUUCAAUAAGCCGACGUUCGCCACCAAGUAUGGUCUACACCACACUUGACCAAAAGGAAAUGGAAGCCAUCUGAAAGCGAUGUGCACGAUGCACGACGUGCACGUGGAGCGGUUCCAAGAUGCUAAUGAACGGACGGAUAAACAUCCAUGUCUUGGCCUAGAAAAAGCAUUGCGCAAGAGUCCAAGCUCAAGCCCUACGGCGAGUUCUUUGCCGAAAAGCGUAUUGUUGAGCCAUUCUAGAGAAAUACAGAAGAAGAAGUCGCUUGAAAAAAACUGAAACUCUCUUCCUGAACGCAAAGGCCUCAUGGCUUUAGCUUUUGUGGCGAGCAGUUGUGAUUUUACCGCGAAAGAUGAUUGACAGCUUGCACUUCAAGCAAUAUACUUUGGCAACCAGUGCGGAGCCAUAUUUUCUACAGACCGACUGAAGAUUUUCAAGUGCACUUGAAUCAAGUGCUUACUUGAAACUAACUUAGCUUCUAUUGUGAAGUCAACAAACAUGAGGUCCGUCCAUUUCACUUACGUUUGUUUCCGUUUACAGGUAGAAAAAGUUAAAAUUUAUCCUGACAUUCCUUACGUGCUGCCCAAAUCUUAUUCCAAACUGGCAGCUGACAGACGGACAGUAUCUGAAAAUGUGAAAACGGUAGAGUGCCAGGUAACUGAAGAACCUGCUAGGACAAUGGGUUUGUCGGAAAGAUGUUAAUUCAAUCCCAGGGUACCGUCGAAAUUUUAAUCAAAACUUCCCUCCUCUGGAAACUUGUAUUUGGGGCUUAUAGAAUAUUAUUGAUCUUUUACGCAGAGACCAAACUACGUUAACCCAAAAUGAUGGACCAUAACUGUAACAGUCAAUGAGAAAGUUAACACAGACAAAUUUAAAAAAUCGUAGUUUGAUUAUCGCUUACCGUAAAAACAGCCUAGUCCCUAGGCGUUCUCUCUUGCCCCGUUGUCCGCGCGAAGUCUGGGAAAGAGCGGCGAGUGUCUCUCGGUGACGUCACAGCUCACGGUAGAGUCCAGGAUUGACUGAGCCGAGAACGCCCAGGGACUAGGCUGCCGUAAAAACCCUACAAAGGUAGCGAAUGUUAAGGUGACUCGACCCAGUUUUUUUGGGUGGGUACCAUCCUACUUUGAAGCUCUCUGGUAUCCCCACCUUUACUUUUAUCGUAAGUCUAACACAUAGAAUGGAUAACAUAUAGAUCAAUCUACAAUGUAACAUAAAAUUUUUCGCGAUCGGAGUAAAUGUCACGUGGUUAUAAUGCCACGCCCCUUUGAGGUCUGAGUCGAAAAUCUGCUGUUGCUGGCAUUUUUUCGUGAAAAUCUCUCGGCUACACAUAGUGCGCAUUAGUGCCUUGCGCUGAACAGAGUUUCACCAAAAUCGCAAAGACCCAAUUCGAGAAAUUCAGCGGUUUCCAAAUUUAGGUCAUAAUUUAUGCGAAAAUGAUAAGCAAACUUUACACGGAUUAUAUCUAAUAAACUAUGAGAUUCAUCUCUUUAUUUUGGGCAUCGUUAUAACAGAUGGGUCCUUGCAAGUCAGCAAAACGCUUUAGGGCCUUGUAAAUGCGCGCGAUUUCGAGCAAAGCAAACAUAUAGAAAUUAUAGUUUUCGCUAUUUGUUGACGUUUGUCAGCGUUUAAGAGUCCUUCUCACGAAAAAAGCAUUUUCUUAAAAAUUCGUAGUUUUUUUUCCUUCAAAUUUUUUCAGGGCCACAAUUGAUUAACUAACUACCCGGACUCUGAAUUUCAUGGUCAUUGAAAAACUGUGACAUUAUCUUCUAUAAGCCCAAACUUGAGUAAACAUUGAAGAUUUUUAGCGUUUUGGCUGAGUUUGUGCUUUGGGAGUUGUCUAUUGUUUCUAGUCUGUCAUUAUACAGCAUUCUUGUUCAGCACGCGUGCAAUGACCACGCUUGGCUGACUUCCGAAUGCUCACCGAGAUAUUCCCGUCACGAGUUGGUUUAAUUAUUGGCUUGCAUUAAACCUAUGAAAAAAUGAUAUUUUUUUAAUAGUAAGUAGAUUUAGUGUGUAGCACUUCUUGAUUUUUUUGCAAAGGCACAAGAAGCACGAGAAUUGAUUAAAAAUUGUGACUUAAACCUCUAUGUAUCACGCGAUGGCCUGUCUCACUGUACCAAAAUUAUUAUAUCUCGGUGAGCAUUCGGAAGUCAGCCAAGCGCGGUCAUUGCACGCGUGCUGAACAAGAAUGCUGUAUAAUGACAGACUAGAAACAAUAGACAACUCCCAAAGCACAAACUCAGCCAAAACGCUAAAAAUCUUCAAUGUUUACUCAAGUUUGGGCUUAUAGAAGAUAAUGUCACAGUUUUUCAAUGACCAUGAAAUUCAGAGUCCGGGUAGUUAGUUAAUCAAUUGUGGCCCUGAAAAAAUUUGAAGGAAAAAAAACUACGAAUUUUUAAGAAAAUGCUUUUUUCGUGAGAAGGACUCUUAAACGCUGACAAACGUCAACAAAUAGCGAAAACUAUAAUUUCUAUAUGUUUGCUUUGCUCGAAAUCGCGCGCAUUUACAAGGCCCUAAAGCGUUUUGCUGACUUGCAAGGACCCAUCUGUUAUAACGAUGCCCAAAAUAAAGAGAUGAAUCUCAUAGUUUAUUAGAUAUAAUCCGUGUAAAGUUUGCUUAUCAUUUUCGCAUAAAUUAUGACCUAAAUUUGGAAACCGCUGAAUUUCUCGAAUUGGGUCUUUGCGAUUUUGGUGAAACUCUGUUCAGCGCAAGGCACUAAUGCGCACUAUGUGUAGCCGAGAGAUUUUCACGAAAAAAUGCCAGCAACAGCAGAUUUUCGACUCAGACCUCAAAGGGGCGUGGCAUUAUAACAACGUGACAUUUACUCCGAUCGCCAAAAAUUUUAUGUUAUAUUGUAGAUUGAUCUAUAUGUUAUCCAUUCUAUGUGUUAGACUUACUAUAAAAGUAAAGUUGGGGAUACCAGAGAGCUUUAAAGUAGGAUGGUACCCCCCCAAAAAAACUGGGUCGAGUCACCUUAACUGUUGUUGUUAACUGUUGUCAUGAGUACAAGUUUACUUCAGGGAGUUUUAGUUUUUCAACUUGACUAUAGGGAUAGUUCACAUCUGUGAUUUUUUGUUCUUUUUUUUGUUUGGAUGACAUUCGCCGUCAUCAUCGUUGUCAAAUGUCGUCUAGUACUUCGAUGUGUCUUAUUUCGUGGACAACAAAGACUAAAAAAAAUGUUGUGGAAACAUAAAGAAUUUCUUUGAAAAAUGUCGCCGACAUGUCUGAGUCUUUUCAUUGUCUUAAACCGUUUAGAACUUUCUUAAGUUGGGAAAAGUAUAAAGUAAAUUUUAGAAUACAGAAAAACUAUCAAACUUUCAGCGGACUUUGGCAAAUCAAAGUUUUCUUGUUUGAACGAGGUUAAUCACAGCCCAAGUGUGACCUGAAAAUCCUUCAUUGAGUUCAGUUACUUUCGUUAAUUAUGAUUUAUUUCUCUGUUAGAUUCUACGCUCCUUGUGUGAAUGGUCAGGUGGUGUUCCAAAAGAAAGCUCCAUACAUGAAGCUUACAUCAAGGCAAUUGAGGCGUCACAGCACUAUAUUUACAUUGAGGUAAAUUCUUUUUGCUUUUUAUCCCGCAAGAGUAGGGCAAGUUUUAGCGUAAUUUUUGGGAUCGAAAGAGGCUUGUACUCUUCAAAGACUAAGACUGGGACUAGCGUUUUAAAGGAGGAUAACAUUAUGGAAAUUUCAUUGAACACGUUUGCACAACGUAAUUUGCCUGAUGAUUCUCCACUUCAUUCCUAUCAUCGCCACAACGACCCUCGUAUGCUCUGUAUUUUUUUGCGUACUUUCCUUUUUCCACUCUCUUAUAUAUUUCAUACUUUAUAUACUUCUUGUUUUUUCUCUUUUAUCCUAAAUAAAACUUUAUUUAAUCAAAGGGCAUUUAAUUAGUUUCACUUGCUCUUCUCCAUUCAUUCUUUUAAUCCCAUAUUUAAAUCUUAAGAAUAAUAUCUUCAAAUCUGUAAUAUAAUAUAAAUGGCCUGUAAUAAAGAAUAAAUGGAGAAAAUAAAUAAAAAAUAUACAGUUCCAGUCCCCUCCGCUGAGUACCAAUCAUAAGAGCCUUAUGCGGGGUGCAAGUUAACGUAUAGAUUCCAAACUCUCUUGAGGAACAAUUGUUCCCAGUACAGCAAAUGUCGAGAGGAACCAAUUAUCUAACUAUGCGUGCGAACUGUAAUAAAUUAGGCUGAUUUAGCAACAGAACGGGGACGUCAGUUGACGACUGCGCGCGCAAGUCAAACAACUGGCUUGACCAAUGGCAGAGCGGCACAUUUGCACCGGAAAUCGCGUUUAGUCCUUUCCGCGCGCGUUCAUGUCGUCAAAUGACGUUCCCGUUCUGUUGCNCUAUCAAACUUUCAGCGGACUUUGGCAAAUCAAAGUUUUCUUGUUUGAACGAGGUUAAUCACAGCCCAAGUGUGACUUGAAAAUCCUUCAUUGAGUUCAGUUACUUUCGUUAAUUAUGACUUAUUUCUCUGUUAGAUUCUACGCUCCUUGUGUGAAUGGUCAGGUGGUGUUCCAAAAGAAAGCUCCAUACAUGAAGCUUACAUCAAGGCAAUUGAGGCGUCACAGCACUAUAUUUACAUUGAGGUAAAUUCUUUUUGCUUUUUAUCCCGCAAGACUAGGGCAAGUUUUAGCGUAAUUUUUGGGAUCGAAAGAGGCUUGUACUCUUCAAAGACUAAGACUGGGACUAGCGUUUUAAAGGAGGAUAACAUUAUGGAAAUUUCAUUGAACACGUUUGCACAACGUAAUUUGCCUGAUGAUUCUCCACUUCAUUCCUAUCAUCGCCACAACGACCCUCGUAUGCUCUGUAUUUUUUUGCGUACUUUCCUUUUUCCACUCUCUUAUAUAUUUCAUACUUUAUAUACUUCUUGUUUUUUCUCUUUUAUCCUAAAUAAAACUUUAUUUAAUCAAAGGGCAUUUAAUUAGUUUCACUUGCUCUUCUCCAUUCAUUCUUUUAAUCCCAUAUUUAAAUCUUAAGAAUAAUAUCUUCAAAUAUGUAAUAUAAUAUAAAUGGCCUGUAAUUAAGAAUAAAUGGAGAAAAUAAAUAAAAAAUAUACAGUUCCAGUCCUCUCCGCUGAGUACCAAUCAUGAGAGCCUUAUGCGGGGUGCAAGUUAACGUAUAGAUUCCAAACUCUCUUGAGGAACAAUUGUUCCUAGUACAGCAAAUGUCGAGAGGAACCAAUUAUCUAACUAUGCGUGCGAACUGUAAUAAAUUAGGCUGAUUUAGCAACAGAACGGGGACGUCAGUUGACGACUGCGCGCGCAAGUCAAACAACUGGCUUGACCAAUGGCAGAGCGGCACAUUUGCACCGGAAAUCGCGUUUAGUCCUUUCCGCGCGCGUUCAUGUCGUCAAAUGACGUUCCCGUUCUGUUGCCAAAAAAAUCAAUUUGAUAGGAGUGAGUCAAAACGUUCAUUGAAUGGUGUGUCUUCAUUUCUUCAUUAUAUUUCUGCUCAUCUUUGUUUUACUUGCAGAACCAGUUCUUUAUUACGUCUCUCUUCGUCGACAAUGUGAAGAAUGAGAUCGGUGAGAAUCUUCUUAGGCGGAUAGAAAGGGCGCACAGGUUGGUCUGAAUAGUUUCUUCCUUUUUCACUCACAGUUUUUACUCUUGGUGAGUUUAGAAGAUAGUUUGAGGAUUUUCUUUUCACUGUUUUCCAACCAUAAAUGUUGUUUAUAUCUAUAUUUAUUUUUGAUUAGCUUCUCAACAAUUAUACUAUUGCUAGAAUGUUACUAUAUAUUUUUCUUUUCGUUGCUUGCAGAGAAGGGAAAAAUUUUAAAGUUAUAGUCGUCAUGCCACUGUUGCCCGCUUUUGAAGGUAGGUCAUUCUUCAACCAAAAAGUUAUGUGCGCAUAUCAGGCUGCUGUAAAAGUUAGAUCGUGAACAACUGUUCAUACUCUAACUUAGGACGAGUGCCCUCUCUCUCCAGUGCCUACCGGGUAUAAUUUUUCAAGGGAAAAUAGAAUGUAUAAGGUAAAGACAACGCUAUCGCUGUGUCAUUUCCAUUUCCGAGUUGCAAAAACUCUGACUUUAUAAAAGAGGCUAAAUGCAAAUUUAACCUUUGUUGUGGAAAUGAGAUUUAUUUAGCAUGAGAAUAAAUAUAUAAUCAUCCUCGUAUCAAUAGUUCAUUUGCAUGAUGACCUCUUUUUACUACUAAGACCAGAAUUCACUUCGUUUUUUCUUUCAUAUUUAAAUCUGGUAAUCCUAGUGAGGUUAAAAUAACAAAAGUCCUAAUUUUCACAAGAAAGGAAUGCACUUAAGGAUUCUGGUAGUAUUAGUAAAAUGACUCUAUUUUUUAAUGGCCUAUUGCUUUGCACUUAGCCUUGCUUUGAAACAGAGGCUUGACGUACCUCGGAAUGGCCAAUUUAUUGCUUUGGUUGUUUUCUUGCNAGAUCGUGAACAACUGUUCAUACUCUAACUUAGGACGAGUGCCCUCUCUCUCCAGUGCCUACCGGGUAUAAUUUUUCAAGGGAAAAUAGAAUGUAUAAGGUAAAGACAACGCUAUCGCUGUGUCAUUUCCAUUUCCGAGUUGCAAAAACUCUGACUUUAUAAAAGAGGCUAAAUGCAAAUUUAACCUUUGUUGUGGAAAUGAGAUUUAUUUAGCAUGAGAAUAAAUAUAUAAUCAUCCUCGUAUCAAUAGUUCAUUUGCAUGAUGACCUCUUUUUACUACUAAGAACAGAAUUCACUUCGUUUUUUCUUUCAUAUUUAAAUCUGGUAAUCCUAGUGAGGUUAAAAUAACAAAAGUCCUAAUUUUCACAAGAAAGGAAUGCACUGAAGGAUUCUGGUAGUAUUAGUAAAAUGACUCUAUUUUUUAAUGGCCUAUUGCUUUGCACUUAGCCUUGCUUUGAAACAGAGGCUUGACGUACCUCGGAAUGGCCAAUUUAUUGCUUUGGUUGUUUUCUUGCAGGUGAAAUAGGGACAGCAAGUGGUCGAUCGAUUGGCGCUAUUACUCACUGGAAUUAUCGGUCAAUUUGUCGUGCUUCCCACUCCCUGCUGGAGAGACUCAAUGAGCGUGGUAAUUAUAGCGAGUAUCCUAGGGCAAGACAGAGCGAUUUUCGUAUGACCUUGAAAAAUGGUUUCAGUAAGUGUUCGUUAUUUGUUUUAUCAGCCAGUGGAUGAAAAGAUCAAAACAUGGACUCUUCGUUUUCCCGCCAAAGAAAACUCUAAUAUGGAGAAGGUAUUGCUCGAUUGACCAUUCGUGUUGCAGCAUGACGUCAAAGCGAAGUAUCGGUUGAUUUCCAGAAAGUUCUCAGGCAUGACAGUUUUUCACCCGAGCGUUCGCUUGACCAUAAAUAACCAACCAAAAGCCACGCGCGUUUGCAUCCGUUCGAUAAACCAAUCAAAUCGCUCUUUUUCCGUUCGUUUGUUGUUUCUGUUUUGUUCGCCUGUUUUCAUUUCAAGGUCAUGCGAAAAUCGCCCUAUAAAACGUUGUCUGUUUACUUUCAGUUUCAAGCCAGUAGAGAGGACAAGUGUGACGUCACGUUACCAUAGUAGCAAAAUUUCUGGAUCAUAACAGUAGGGAGCUUAAGCAACGACGACGGCGACGUCAACGAGAACGGCAAAGCAAUAGGUUUCGAUUGUCAAAACAAUAACUUUGUACGUGCUCGUUCAUCUAGCCUCAAUAGCCGACAUUUGGCGACGCUACCACUGGUUUCCCCGCCAAAUAACGUCUGAGAAACGAGAGCAGAAAUUCCAUACUGAUGACGCGUCACUACCCAGGAUCUGGGUAGUACUUCUGAUUGGUCGGGCCGCGUGGAAAAUUUGAUUCAACCAGUCAGAAUCACUACCUAGAGCUGGGUAGUGACCCGUUAUCAGUAUGGAAUUUCCGCGCUCGGCUAUCGUGCAUCACUCUUUUUUAUACUCUUCCUACCGUUGUUGCACGACUGCGACAUGAAACUUCCUUAUUUCACGCGCCCGCUUUAUGGAGUAGGUUGAACGCAACACAAAAAUUUCUUUUUCUAAAUUUAGAUGCGGUCCUUUCGGAUUCAACCCAGAAAAUUGCCAAUAUUUGACAGAUUGAUUGAGAUUGAAUAAGAUCGAUAAAGUUUGAUUCUGUGCGACUUCGUUUUAAGUGAAGUUUUCGGUUUGUUGUCAUCCAGAAAUUUUGCUAGCGUGGCAACUUGACGUAACGACUUCUCUUCUCUAUCGAGUUAUGAAUGUUCUGAAUGACUUUGAUUGUCCUCAACAAAAGUUAUAAAAAAUCACCAGGCAUUUGAAAUCUGUAGACCUUUUGAGAUUGUGGAAGAAAUUCCUUAGUGUAUAUGAAAAUAGAUGUGGUAUUUCUGUGCUUUCACUUUGACCUUGGGCACCUUUGAGUUUUUAAAGUGCUGAUGCUGCUUGUAUUUCUCAUAGUGUUUUAUUUGGAAAUAGGAGAUGGAAAGGAAAGAUAAUGUAAAUUUCCAUCUAGGAAUUGAAAGGAUUACGUGUGCGUACUUUGCAAUCCUUUUGUGAUUUUAUUUUAUUGCUUCUCUCAGUUGGUGAUCCUUCCAAGUACAUCUCUUUCUAUGGACUGAGGACUCAUUCAGAAAUUCAUGGAAAGCCUGUAAGUUCCAAGUAUUUUUAAUGGCUAGCACCAUUUCCUCGCGGGAGCAAAGGUGGAGCAGUGGUGAGAGCAAUCGCGCUCCACCAGUGUGGCCCGGGUUCGAAUUCCGGCGUAGACGGCAUAUGUGGGUUGAGUUCGUUGUCGGUUCUCUUCCUUGCUCCGAGAGGUUUUACACCGAUUUUCCCUACUCCUCAAAAACCAACUUUUUCAAAUUUCAAUUCGACCAGGAAUCAGGUAGACGAAGAACCACUUACCUCUAAAUCGUUAUCAGUUUAUGUCAAGAUUUUUAUAUUUAUUUAUUCUUGUUUUGCCUUGUUUUGUUUUCUUCCCUUCUAAAGCUAACAGAGAUGGUGUAUGUUCACAGCAAGAUGAUGAUUGUUGAUGACAACACAGUUAUCAUAGGUUCAGGUAUAGUUUAUAAGUAUGUUCCUUGUUCCCUAUAUACAAUAGUACCCAGCUCGGUAGAUCGACAUCGCCUAAUGAAGAUCUGCAGUGCGCGGUCAAAACGUCGCGAUAAUUUCUUGUGACUAUCAUAGGACAAACGGUAAGGGAACCCUUUGUACACAUACCACGGUGAAUAAAAUCUCAGUUCAUGACAAUAAAGCCGAUGUAUUUUAAGUUUAAUUUUUUUUGUUUGGUUACCUUUUAAUUAGGUCUAGAAAAAAAGCAAAGGGGUGAAUUUUAUGUCACAUGAUAUAUUUGGUUUAUGUCCCAGUACAAUAAUUUUUUAUGAAAAUGAUGUUUGGGGUGUAGGCCCUAUUUUCAUCUUUUGUCAUCUGGGAGACGAAAAAAGUGAGAAAAUCACGAUACUUAUGCGCCAGUCUUGCAUACUGAACAAGCCUGGCGCGCCCUAUUUUAACACCUGUUUAGUAUCUGACUCAUUCCCAGUCUUCUUCAUAACUGGACUACUCCCCCAUUUUGCACCCCUGUGCCCUGCGCUUUAUAAGAACGACAGAAUGAGGACGAGUCAGUCAUCAGUAGGUUCUGACCCCGGGGGAUGGGGGGACUCCGCGUAUGAAAGGGGUGGGGAGCUCGUUGGAAAUUUUAAAUUAAACCCCUAAAGGAGACCGAUCUGGGCGUGGCCCAAGCUUUUUUUGACCCCUAAAAGAGACCAUGUUGAAACACAGACAAUAUAUAUAUAUUUAUAUUUUUCGCGUGCGACCCUAAAUGAGACUUUCAUGGCUAAAUAUGAUGGCGUUUUGCCUUGAACACCCUAAGCAAGACCAAAAUCCGAAAUUUACACCCCUAAGCGAGACCACGAGCAUCCCCACCCCUUUCAUAUGCGGAGUCCCUCCUCCGGGGUUUUGACUCUUGCGCGCCCAUUCAGAUCUUUUGUUUGUUUUAAGAAAGGUCGCAUGCAGGCAGCUCCAACCAAUACAAAAGAGGAACCGCUGUAAUCCAACAUGAGCUGCUUUUUGUUCUUUUGCAGCAAACAUCAAUGAUCGUAGUAUGCUGGGAAAAAGAGAUUCGGAAAUAGCUGCUAUCAUAAAGGACCAAGAAUUCGUAAGUAUCUUUUGGGAUCUAAUGGUAUUCAGCAUCUAUUUACUGCUGUAAUGAUCGCUAAACUAAGACAGGUAAUAGAUAUGUUACUAAAGAACGGUGUAACGAACAUGCAUUUUGAUAUAAGGAAUAAAGCGGUUCAACACACCUGUCUACGAUUUUUAAAAGGGUUUUUUUUCGUAGUAUGCCAUUAUUUUUGGAGGUCGAAGUAGAGGGAGUAUCCACUUUGAUCAUCCGUUUCUUCAACGAUUUAAAAGAAAUUUGGACACCAGAAGACGUCGGUAAUGAUUCAGUUCACGACAUCCAGCUGAAAUAUUCGCGUGGAAAAAUGGGAAGGUACUCUGAUAUUCUAGUAUUCAUACCCGCCUAGUAAGCACAAAGUUAUGGUAAUUGGGACUGAAUUUAACCGCUGCAUGAGUUGUUCGAUGUUUAUUGUUUGUUUGAGAAUAGGUGCCGUCUAUGAUGGAUGGUGAGGAGUAUCAAGCAGGCCAGUUUGCUUUCAGCUUAAGAACAAGACUCUUCAGGUACCAUGCACACAACAUUAGAGAGAUUAAGCAUCGCAUUUAAGGCCGUUUGCCCUAAACGCGGUGCUUAAUCUCUCUAUUCGGUAACGGUGAUACAGCUAUAAUCCCAACAGCCCGCGUGCAGACCCAUUCUAUAUCCUUUGUCUUGCAGAAAAGGUCCCUUUUUCACGAGCAACAAAGGAAGUAAGAGGUGUCUUCAAGCGCGCUUUUACUCCCAAAAAUUAGAUUAAAAGUCACCAUGCAUAGCCUUCCACACAGGCGCUCUUAGGAAAGUCGAAUUUCCUCGGCCCUCCCCAGCGAGUCAAAACGAUAGUCCUAGGGACGCUUUCCAUUUGUCAGAACUGACCGGUCAAACCAUUCCCGUCACAAUGAUAAUUUCCCUUUUAAUCAAAACUCUCCAGCCAGAUCAGUCAAAUCCUAAAUAGUAUGCACGGAGGAGAACGUUUUUCAGCAAAAACUCUUUGAAAAAGCCUAUUUCAUUUUCAAACUAACUGGUCGGGUAUGGUCCGACCUGCCACUUCUGACAAAUGGAAAGCGCCCCUAAAUAACUAACUAACAAGGGCGGAUACAAUGCAUUUUCGAUUAGCUUUUGCCGUUGCUUGAAGUGAACUACCACCAGUACAUACUUUGCACUCACUAUGUGACGGACACUGGUAUUUAAUAUUUCAUUGUUUGGCUUUGUUUUUGUUUAGAGAGCACCUGGGUUUACUGGACUCUCCUUCAGAUGAAGACAUCAGAGAUGUCGUUUCAGACAGUUUCUACAUGGUAAGUUCUACAAACCUUUCGUAAAGUUGAUUACGGUUUCUAAAACUUGCAUGAGGAAAGUUAAGAAAUGUAUCUAAGCAAUUUUGGUAAGUGUAAGGCACUUUCCGAGAAGAAUUGGUUAGCACACUGACUUGUAGACUACGAGUAGUCCCCAUUUUUUCUCAGGGAUAGUAGAGCGAGCGAAACGAGAGCGCGCGUGAAAAUCACCCCACGCGAGAAAAGGUGAGACGCGGCUGUGAGAGACCGCCGCGUCUCGCCUUUCUCGCGUGGAGUGAUUUUCACACGCGCUCGCGUUUCGCUCGCUCUACUAUCUGGAAUAGGGGCUACUCGUAGUGUAACUGACUUGGAAAAGCCGUCGGAAGAUACGUAUUAGGUGUGAUUGACCGCGUUUGCCGGCAGUCCAGGCCUUGACAAUUUUCAUGGUUUGUAUCAAAUAUGCCUUUUUAAUUUUGUCUUUUUCUUCCCUUCCAAAUGCAGGAUCUCUGGAUGAAAACGGCGAAGAAAAACACUGAAAUUUAUGACGAGGUGAGAAGCAAAUUCGAUCCAACUUUCCGUUGCCCGGGAGAUCACGGGUUUGAAUGCCUUAAUUUCUUACCACAGGCUAGUGACGCGAUAAAAAUGCAUUCUUCCUUAAUUUAUCACCAAGCUGAAACAUUGUUCAUGGGAUCCUUAUUUAACACCAUGUAGAUUCUCGAUACUGUCGACAUUGUAGCCGGUAAAUGACGUAGACUGCUCAGGCGUCCUUCUCAUUCUGCGCCACUCCCCACGCGGUAACUCAAGGCCUGUAAGAGCUCGGAAAUCCUGGAGACAAGGGAGAAGCGAGACAGGGGGAUGAUGGGAAUGAGCGCAAUACGCCACUUGCACAUCUCCCAUAAUGGACCUUAUUUGCCGCCCAAAAUUUUGCAUGACCUUUGUUUUUCAUUUCUCCUGGGUAUUACAGCCGUCCCAAGAGAGACUGAAAACGAUACUUAUUCAACACUUUUGGGGGCAAAUAAGAUGCAUUAUGGAUGUACAAGUGGCGAAUUAACUCAAAUAUCCCCCAAAAAGUUAUCGCGAGCGACUGGGGACGAGGCAGCAUUUUGUAAUUCUCUCUCAUGCUAAAUUCAUCCGUGUUAAAAUCAUUUGAUAGGUUUUAUCUGUUUGGCAGAUGACUUCGUCUUCGGUAAGUUUCGCUAUAUUUAUCAUUGCAGGUUUUUCACUGCAUUCCAACAGAUAAAGUUCGCUCGUUGUCUGAUUUAAACACUUACAAGGUAAGAGGAUGGAAAGGCUUUCCAGCGCAAAAUUAUCGCUCAGAUUUCACAAAGGCCUUUCUCCGUGACGAGAGCGUUUGCCUUUCAUCAUUGGGGUCACGUGAGACCCUUUACGUCACAUGUCGCCGCGCGAGAAAGUACCAAAAAACUAUCCCGCGCAUAAUAAUACUGCUAGCCGGUGGCUACGCAGGCUACACCUCCAUCAUAUCUUAAAUUUAUUUCCGUGAUGCUCACAGUGCGUCAAUCGCGUCAGCUGGUGCUUAGUACUCACUAAAAUGUUUCAUGCAGAAACAAAGUCGUACUUGGUCUUCAGUUUAAGUAAUGAUCCUGGUAAGAAGGGAAGCGAUUUCUUUUGUUAUGGCGCAAUACGCUGUCCUCACAUAGCAAAGUUUUCAUUUUUACACAGAGAAUACGUAAACCUUCAAAAAAGGCGGACUACGAAAUAAAAUGUAGAAACUCCAUUUUUUAUAGUUGUUUUUUGUGUUAAAGGAUUUCCUCACAUAGGAUUUCUAUGUUACUUAGACUCAGAAGAGAUUCUGUUAUAAGGAAGUUGACUAGAGAACAAGGGAUUAAUACACAUGCUGCUUUUGAGAAGAUUUCGUAAAAUUUGAUGUUUAAACCAAUCAGAAAUGUAGUAGAGACAAUAGUGAAGAUAUCACCUUUUUGCAUUCCGACGUGUUCAUUGCGUUUGGUUCUUUCCUCUUAUCUGGACCAUUACUUAAACGGUACAUUCAUAACUAUUUUUAGAAUCUUAGACGACUUGCUGUUGAGGACCCAGGAGAAGCACGUGCUCGCCUGAGAGAUGUCAGAGGGUACCUAGUUGAGCAACCCCUUUACUUUCUGGAGAAAGAGAACCUCCGACCUCCGAUAGGCUCCUCGGAAUUUUUUGUGUCAGAUGACGUGUUUACGUGA